UUAUUUUUCCUCUUUCCCCUUCCGCUCUUUCUCUGUAUCUCUCAUAGAAAUCCGAAGAAGUAGCAGUUGACGAAGAAGAAGAAGAGUUACAGGCUGAAAUUUGAUAAUAGUGGCAUCAACUUCUGGUACUUCCUCUUCUUCCGUAAAAGAUUUGAUGGAUCAUGUUUUUUCUUGGAGUAUUGAAGAUAUACUCAAUGAUGAUCUCUACAAACACAAGGUUGAAGUAAUACCAAAGCGUUUUGAAUCCGUACAACAUUAUCUUGGUUCUUAUACUAUGCCGUUGCUGGAAGAAACUCGCAAGAACAUUUGUUCACAAAUGGAGUUUGUCAGGUGUACCUCACGCUGAGUAAUCUCAGUAGAGGAGUCUAAGCUGGAUGGCGGACCAUUCUUGUAUUGUAUCAAGUUUGACUCCUGGAAAAACCGGUAUGGUGUAUAUGGCAAAGAACCGUAUAGUCCGAAACCUUCAGAUCUGUUUCUUUUGGGUGAUGCUGUACCUGAAGUUGCUUCGGACUUGCAGCGGUUUGGAAGUAGUUGGUCUUUGGCUUCAGUUGUAGAAGAUGUGAUAGAGUGCGAUUAUGUGGGGCACGAAGACAGACUUAUUUGCUUUCAGGUUAAGACCUCAAAGCCGAUAAAGAUAGAGAUGAAAGAGGGCAGGAGGAAAUCACUGUUUGUGGUGUUUCUGGUGAACUUGGCAACAAACACUAGAACAUGGAAGGCGUUACAUAUGUUUCGAAACUUGAAUAUUAUCAAGGAAGUUCUGUGUGCCAAUUCCACGUGGCUUUAUGGUAAUGCAGGUAAAGGAAAAUUGUGGUUCCUGUUCUGCACAAGUUGACAGGAUUUGGGCCAGAAAAGUUGAUUCACAAUUAUUACUAUCUCUUAAUGAAUCUCAAAGAGCUGCGGUUUUGGGUACUAUAUCUGCAGUGCAAUGUAACCACAGGUCUUCUGUAAAACUUGUUUGGGGUCCACCUGGGACAGGAAAGACCAAAAUGAUUAGUAUAUUACUGUAUAGCUUGCUAAGUAUGGAUUACAGAACGCUUGCUUGUGCCCCAAAAAACAUUGCAGUUGCUGAACUUGCGUUGCGUACCUUAAACCUUCACAGAGAUGCUUGCGAAUCAGACAUGGGAAAGAAAGUGUCAGUUCGCUCAUUUGGGGACUUUCUCUUGUUUGGGACUAUGAAUAGAUUGGAGUUAUCUGAUGAUCUUGGAAAGAUAUAUGUGGAUUAUCGUGUGGACAGUCUUGUAGAGUGUUUUGCUCCAUUAACUGGUUGGAAGAAACAUUUCGAUUCCAUGGUGGAUUUUCUUGAUGAUUGUGUAUAUCAGUAUGGUUCGUGUUUUGAGAGUGAAAUAAUUACAGAGGUUCACGUAACAGAGAAAACUGGAACUAAUUCUGAAAUCCGCAUGUCACUUCUCAUGUUUGCAAACAACAGAUUCAGAGCCUUAGUGGUGCCAUUAAAAAGAAGCAUCAGAAUAUUAUGCACCCAUCUCCCUAAAAGACUUAUUUUGCCGGACAUUUUCGGAAAGAUGGUAAUUCUUUGUGGUUUGCUUGAAUCUCUUGGAACUUUGCUUUCUGAAUGUCAGGUGACUGACAAGGAAUUAGAAGAACUCUUUGCAUGACAAGAAAAUUAUUCCAAGGUGGCACAAGGGAGUAGAGCAUUUAAUUACAUAUUAGACACAUUACACAAGAUGAGGAUUGAUGUUAUGAAGGUUCUAAGAUCUGUCGGUCAUUCUCUUGGUGAUCGCCUUCCAAGUUCCACUAACAGAAUUUUCUUAACAGAGUUCUGUUUGAAAAAUUCAUCCCUCAUUUUUUCCACUGUGUUAAGCUCAUAUAAUCUGCAUGAGGUAGACCUGGAACCACUGGAUUUGUUGGUGAUCGACGAAGCUGCUCAGUUGAAAGAGUGUGAAUCAGUGAUUCCCAUGCAGCUUGAAGCUAUAAGACACGCUGUCCUAAUUGGCGAUGAGUGCCAUCCACAAGCCAGGGUCAAAAGCAGGGUGGCUGAUGAAGCUGGGUUUGGAAGAAGUCUAUUUGAAAGGUUGGGUUUGUUUGAGCAUGUGGAGGACCUUCUCAACAUGCAGUACAGAAUGCAUCCUGAAAUAAGCUCUUUCCCAAAUCGUAAAUUCUAUAAAGAUCAGAUGAUAGAUGCUCCAAGUGUUCUUCAUGAAAAUUUUCAAAAACAUUAUCUACCAGGACCUAUGUUUGGUCUCUACUCAUUCAUAAACAUUUCAAAUGGAAUGGAGGAGCCAGAUGAAGCUGGGCAUGGUAUAAAAAAUAUGGUUGAGGUGGCAGUUGUAAUGGCAAUAGUGCGAAACCUUUAUAAAGCAUGGGAAGGCUCUAAGCAUAGCUUAACCGUUGGUAUCAUAUCUCCGUACACUGCCCAAAUUGCUGCAAUAGAGAAUAAAGUUGGUCAAAAAUAUGAGAAGCUAAAGAACUUUAUAGUGAAGGUGAUGUCUGCAGAUGGAUUCUAUGGGGGCGAGGAAGAUGUCAUAAUAAUAUCUACUGUCGGGUCUAAUCAUAGUGGGGGGUCAGAUGAGUUCCUAUCUAAUCCACAACGUGCUAAUGUUGCUCUGACACGGGCUAGGCACUGCCUUUGGAUUUUGGGGAAUGACAAAAAGUUGUGUAAAAAUGGAUCUUUCUGGGAAGAUUUAAUUCGUGAUGCGAAACAGCGGGGAUGUUUUUUUAAUGCUGAUGAAGAUGAAGAGUUAGUCAAAGCAAUGAUCAAGGCGAAGAAAGAGCUUGAUCAGUUAGAUAACUUACUUCAUGAAGAUAGUAUGCUUUUCAAAAGUGCAUUAUGGAAGGUCCUGUUCAGCAAUAACUUUAGAAAGUCAUUUGGGAAGUUGAAGUCAUCACAAACACAAAAGUCUGUGGUUAAUCUAUUGGUUAAACUUUCCAAUGGUUGGCGUCCAAAGAAGCUUGAGGUUGAAAUUCUAUGUGGUAACUCGGUCCAGCUUGUGAAACAGUAUAAGGUUGGAAGGAUUUAUAUUAUUUCUAGCGUUGAUGUUGCAAAAUAUUCAUGCUACACCCAAGUUUUAAGGAUAUGGGAUAUUUUGUCUCUUGAGGAAAUACCUAAACUAGUGAAGAGUCUGGACAGCAUAUUCUCCAUAUACACUGAUGAUUACCUCAACCGCUGUAAGCUGGAACAUAUGAAGGGGGAUUUGGUAGUGCCAAUUACUUGGAGAAUAGAUGAUGAGAUCGUUAGAUAUAAGAAAACUAACAAUGCUGAGUCAGUAGAUAGUACAAGUGACGGGGUAUCGGGUGGGAGAUGUUACAUUGAAAGCUCAAAAGUGAGAGAUAGUCUAUUGCUGAUGAAGUUCUACUCCUUAUCAGCUGGCUUAGUGAACCAUUUGCUCUCCGGAAGUGAUGGAAAAGAGCUGGAUCUUCCUUUUGAAGUAACAGAUAAGGAAUUAGACAUCAUUCUUUACCCUAGAAGUACCUUCAUUCUGGGCAGGUCUGGAACAGGGAAAACCACUGUUUUGACAAUGAGAUUGUUUCAAAAGGAGCAGCAACACUACUUUUCUUCUAAAGGAUUUGUGGCCGCCAUGGGAGAUAUUUCUUUGAGUGCUCCAACUGGGAAUAUUUGCAGAGUUGUUGGGAAUGAGACAAAUUGUACUGUCUUAAGGCAAUUAUUCGUAACAGUCAGUCCAAAACUAUGCUCUGCUGUUAAAAACCAAAUUUCUAACUUGAAAAGCUUCAGCAGCAGUAGCAGGGCUUCAACAGAACACAAUUCCGUUCAGUUGCCUGAUGUCGAUGACGCAGUUCAAUAUCAAGAUAUACCAAAUUCUCUGAGGGACAUUCCACCUGAGAGUUAUCCACUUGUCAUAACAUUUCAGAAAUUCUUAAUGAUGCUUGAUGGAAGUAUGGGAAACUCGUAUUUUGAUAGAUUCAGUGUUAUAAGGGAACUUUCACAAUCUAAAAAUGCAACCUCAAGGUCAUUUGCUUUGCGUGCUUUUAUAAGAACAAAAGAGGUCAAUUAUGAAAGAUUCAACUCAUCUUACUGGCCUCAUUUUAAUUGCCAGUUGACCAAGAAGCUGGAUUCAUCUAUGGUUUUUAUCGAGAUUAUUUCACACAUAAAAGGUGGGCUUUUUGCUGGAAAGCUACCUGAUGAUAAACUUAGUCGGGAGGAUUACAUAUUACUAUCUGACGGACGGGUGUCAUCCUUAAACAGGGAAAGAAGGGAGAUGAUUUAUGAUAUUUUCCUUGAAUACGAGAAGAAGAAAAUACUACAUGACGAGUUCGAUUCGGCUGAUUUUGUGAUUGACCUUCACCGUCGACUGAAAACUGGGUGUUAUGAGGGUCAGGAAAUGGAUUUCGUGUAUAUUGAUGAAGUACAGGAUCUCACCAUGAGACAGAUUGGUCUAUUUAAAUAUAUUUGUAGGAAUUUUGUGGAAGGAUUUGUUUUUUCUGGUGAUACUGCGCAAACUAUUGCUGGUGGGGUCGAUUUCAGAUUUCAAGAUGCAAGAUCUUUGUUCUACAACGAGUUUAUUUUGGAUUCAGGAAGUGAUGUCGUGGGAAAUGCAAAAGACAUGGAUCCAUCUCAUAUCUCAGACAUCUAUCAUUUGAACCAGAACUUCCGUACUCAUGCAGGUGUUCUCAAUUUGUCGCAGAGUGUAGUUGAACUUCUGCACAAAUUCUUCCCACAUCACAUUGACAACUUAAGUCCCGAAACAAGCCUUAUUUAUGGGGAAGCACCAAUUUGGCUUGAAUCUGCGAAUGACGAUAGUGCAAUAAUAACUAUUUUCGGGAAAAGCGGUGAAAAUGCUGGUAGGAGUAUGAGUGGAUUUGGCGCAGAACAAGUCAUUUUGGUGCGUGAUGGUUCUGUUAGGAAGGAAAUUGCUGAACAUAUUGGAAAACAAGCUCUUGUUCUUACUAUAGCAGAAUGCAAGGGCUUAGAAUUUCAGGAUGUUUUGCUUUACAACUUUUUUGGAACAUCACCUUUAAAGAGUCAAUGGAGAGUUGUUUAUGGGUAUAUGAAGGAACAAAGUCUUCUCAACUCCAACGCUGUGAAGUUUCCAAAAUUUAACAAGGCGAAACACCAAAUUCUCUGCUCUGAACUGAAGCAAUUGUAUGUUGCUAUCACUCGUACUAGGCAGAGUCUGUGGAUCUGUGAAAAUAGAGAUGAUUUUUCGAAGCCUAUGUUUGAUUACUGGAAGAAGUUAUGUCUCGUUCAAGUUAGAGAACUUGAUGAAUCACUUGUACAUGCAAUGCAGGUUACUAGCAGCAAAGAGGAAUGGAGUUCACGCGGUAUCAAGUUACUGGAGGAAGGUAAUUUUGAGAUGGCAACAAUGUGCUUUGAAAGAGCUGGUGAUUCAUUCUCGGAGAAGCUCGCUAAAGCUUCUGGUCUUAGAGCUGCUGGUAUUCACAUGCUUGGUUCUAAUACUGAACUAGCUCGCGUUGCUCUUUUGGAGGCAGCUGAGAUUUAUGAAUCCAUUGGCAAGGCUGAUUUUGCUGCCAAAUGUUUCAUGGAGCUAAAGGAUUACAAAAGAGCAGGUCUGAUUUAUUUGGAAAACUGUGGAGAAUCUAGGCUAGAAGAUGCUGGUGACUGUUUCAGUCUUGCGGGAUGUUGGUCUACUGCAGCUGAUGUGUAUUCUAGGUGUAACUGCUUUUCCAAGUGUUUGCUAGUUUGCUCGAAUGGUAGUCUCUUUGAAACCGGUCUUCAGUUCAUAGAAUGUUGGAAAGAAAGUGCAAGGCCAAACACUGAUACAGCCAAAAGUCAGGAUCUGACAGAUAUGGAACAAAGUUUUCUCGAGAGAUGUGCCCUUCACUAUCAUCAACAGAAUAAUACUAAAAACAUGAUGAAGUUUAUCGAAGCCUUUAGCUCGUUGGACACGAAAAGAACAUUUUUAAGGUCUCAUGAUUAUCUUGAUGAGCUCAUCCUUCUCGAAGCUGGGUCUGAAAAUUUUAUUGCAGCUGCCACUGUUGCGAGAUUAAAAGGGGAUCGUCUUCUUGAGGCAGAUAUGUUAGAGAAGGCAGGGAACAUUGUAGACGUGUCAUAGGUCAUCCUGUUUUAUGUUCUUGGCA